ACCAUGUCUGGAUCAGAUGACUUUUCGUUGGCAGAUGCUUUAGCCGAUCCAUCACCCUCCAAAGCACAAAACAUAAGCAACCCAAGAGAUGGCCAGCAACCCGGGGGAUAUCCUGGAUCUAAUCCCUGGGCGUCCGCACCAAAUAAUGCUCCUGCCGCUGCACCAUCUGCUCCUUCUAAUGCACCGUAUGGGCAAGGAACGCCGGGACUCUACCCAGGAGUACCUGUGGGUCCACAGCCAACAGCACCCACAGGGCCCUAUCCAACAGCACCAAAUGCCCCACCAGGACCGGCUGCACCCAGUGCCCCAUAUGCUGCUGGGCCAUACCCUGGAGCUCCAGCUGGACAGCAGCCAACAGCACCAAAUGCCCCAACUGGACCAUCUGGGCCGUACCCUGGGCAGCACCCAACAGCUCCUAAUACCCCUUAUAAUUCAGGUCCCUACCCUGGAGCUCCUGCUGGGCAAAACCCCAGUGCACCAAAAGCCCCAUACCCAUCAGCACCAACUGGCCCCUAUCCAGGAGCACCUGCAGGACAGAAUCCAGGGGCACCUACAGGCCCUUACCCUACCGCACCCUCUGGCCAAUAUCCUGCAGGCCCUGCUGGGUCCCAUGGCACACCUUAUCCCAACCCUGCUGGGGGCUCUUCUUAUCCCAACCCUGCUGGGGGCUCUUCUUAUCCCAACCCUGCUGGGGGCUCUUCUUAUCCCAACCCUGCUGGGGGCUCUUCUUAUCCCAACCCUGCUGGGGGCUCUUCUUAUCCCAACCCUGCUGGGGGCUCUUCUUAUCCCAAUCCUUCAGGGCAAGCACCUACACCUGGUGGUCCUAACCCUGCCCCUGGUAUGCCGUAUCCAGCUCCAUAUGGUCAGUCAGGUCCUUCACCUGCAGCACCAUGGGGCACUGGUUCAUGGGGAUCCCAAGGUGGGCAGUACCCUACACCCCCAAAUUUGCCAUACCCAGCUUCGGGUCCGAGUCCAUACCCUACUCCAAGCCAAGCACCUGGUGCUGUGCCUUCUGUACCAUGGGGGACUGUUCCAACUGGUCAAUGGGGUCCAGGCCCUUCUUCAUAUCCUGGAGCUCCUGGGUCCUAUCCAUCACAAAGGCCGUAUCCCUGAAGCUUCGAGAUUGGGUGCUUUCUGCUGAUGCUGCUGUACGAGAUGGCCAUCUUAUAUUUAAUCAGUGCUCUUGGACGAAUUGAAGUGUCUACAUAUAUAUCGCCAUCAGGGAAUGGAUCCGGAUGAAUUGCUGACAUUUCAUUAUAUUGUUUUUCUUUUUCUGCGUGUAAUAAGUUGUUGAUAUACAAAUGAAUUACAGAUUAUUAGGGGAUUAAUUAAUUAUUAAUUGGCACAUGGUAUUCUCUUUGGAAAUUAGUCCAAAUUCUCCCAGCAAUUUUCAUCUUUUCUUUAAGAUUUGUACAAAGGAACAAAAUGAAUGCAGACAAGCUAUUUUUCUAUAUCCCGUGUAAUAUACGGAUUGUGUGACCUGGACUGUAAAAUGCAGUCAAGCACCAUAACCACUGUGGUUAAUUGUAUUGUCACAGUUUACGUUGGUGGUUAAGGUGCUAGGAACAGCGCUGAGCUUUGCUAACAUACAUAUAUCCUUCUAGCUGUCCAGAACAUAGUGCUGUAUAGUCGUUAUGGUGCUCCUGAAGGGUUAACAGGGACUUGUGGUUUGGCCUAAAACACGCAGUGCAGUAUGGGUAGUGAUGUCUCCGCUUCCCGUACAAAUUCCCUGCUCUUUGCUUUCAAUGGGGUUAACAGUUUGUCUAAAGAAGAACCAUAACCACUGCAAUAAGCUCGCACAUUAUCCAAUAAAAAAAAUGCCAAAAAGAGCAAAGUUGAUUUAUUUUUUUUAAAGCUAGUGCCAUUUUCCUCUGUGUAUGAAAUAUUAUUUCUUUACACAGGGACUCCUUGCUAAUUGUCAUAAUGUCUCAAGCUUUGCUCGCCCCCUGCUGGCUGGCUGAAGAUAUGUCCUGCUACUAGGACUACUGCACUUCACCAUUUAGGCUACAAAUCCCUUCCUUUAACAAACAUUUUUGAAGUGUAGUUUCAGCUUAGAAAUGUUUUGAGCGUUGGCUAAAAGCCGUGGAGAAUUUCUUAUAUUAAAGUAUGUACAUAUAUAUAUUUUGAUAAAUCAAAUAAACUAUAUAGC